CUGCGGCAGUGCAUUAGGGACAUACAGAUAGCCAGACGGACAAAGACACACAGACAAGAAAAACGAAGCAGUGCGCAUGUAGAGAAUGUCUUCGUGUACAACAGUAAAACUGUUUAUUGGCACGAUAUUGCACAAAAACAUGUGGCAGUGUUUGGGCUAAGAGAUGUGUUCCAAUGUAGGGCUCGCUCCACGGUAGGGGCUAAAAAAAAUGUAGGGCUCAGACGACUUCUAGACAAAGACAAAAAGCUUAAGAAGUUCUGGUCUCGUGUCGAGAGGAAAGUGGUUUUUUCAGGCAAUAAGAACUCCUUCUUCAAAUUUUUAAGGGCUCGGCUCAAACCAUCUAGAAAACUUGGGGUUAUUAUUGACGAGUUACUAGCGAUAAGGAGAAGGCGGAGUUAUUUGGCAAACAUUUUUGACAAAGUGUUUGUUGUGAGAGAAAGUAGUUAUGAAGAAGCGGCGGUUUCACCGGCCUUUCCUGUCAUGAAUGACUCAUUGUGGUUCCUCAGUCGUGACAUUUGCAAGGUUCUCACUAGUUGGCCUAGAUCAUUCUCUGAUACGCCUGACCACAUCCCCCUAUAUUUUAUUAAGAAGAUUGCUCCCGUGAUCUCUGAACCACUAGCUUUCAUUCUGAACCUUAGCCUCAUGAGAGCUGAGGUUCCGGAUAGGUGGCGGAUGUCAUUUGUAACACCUAUACCCAAGAAGCCGCCCCAUAGUAGCCCUCACAACUACAGACCCAUCAGCCUCACAUCUAUAUUCGCGAGUUAUACUAUCCCCAUUCGCUCUCUUGAUGAUGCGGUCGUACUCCAAGCGGCCAUCGAUGAAGUGUUCCGCUGGUCUACUCGGUGGAAUUUACCCUUAGCGAAGGACAAAACCAAAGUUCUCGGUAUUGGCCAGGCUGCCAUUGAGACCGAUUACUUCAUCGAUGGCGUUAAACUGGAA